GCGAUGGCUUCGCACUCACGUCGAGCACAUGUGGGUCGACGCCGUCGUCCUCGCUCUCUCCCACCUGCACCUGGGCGAGUCGCGGAGCUGCCCGCCGCGCGCCCGCGCGGGGGGGCCUCUCAGUUCGUCUCAGUCCGAGAUGGUGUCCAGGCUGAGGAGGCUUGUGCGACCGAUGUGCCGGCCCCUGCAAUGGCAAGGUGGCCGCGUGGAGAAGGCCGGCGCUCUGCUCGACUAUCUUCUGAAUGUGAUGCAUCUCCCCCUGGGCGCCGUGGCGCCCUCUCCUGACUCCGAGGUGAUGACCAGCGACCCGAGCAAGGCUCCCUUCGCCAAGGCCGAGUGCCACUUCGACCCCCUGGCGUUCCUGGCCCCGUUCUCCGCCGCCACGUUCUUAGAGCCUCGGCUGCUGGCGCGGGAUGGGCCGGGCGCCGGCCCUCUGGCGCGCGCGGUCGGGCCCCCGACCCGACCCCCUGCGGCGAGGCCGGCCCGCCAAGCGGGCCAGCCUGGCGACCUCCUCCAGUGCCUGAAGCGGUGGGAUGACGUGGGGCGACUGGAGCUGGUCGACGCGGCCGACUCCCAGCAGGCCCUGAGAGGUACCCUGUUCCCCGUGUUCAAGGACGCCAACACGCAGAGGGUCGUCUUCAAUCGCAUCGCUCGCAACUCGGCGGAGUUGCCGCUGGGCGGCUUCUCCAGACUGACCCCGAGCGCUGCUACGCUGGUGGACCUGGAGGUGCCGGCUGGCUCUGUCUUGCGCGUCUGGGCGGGCGACCUACAGGACUUCUAUCUCGCCUUUGACUGCGCCUACGACAUGGCCCGCACCAACGACGUGGCGCUCCCCCUCCCGACGAGGCUCUACGAGGGCUUCGCAGCGCUGGGCCGGCUUCGGAGGCGCUGCCGUCGUGAGGGUCGCGAGCCCCCCGAGAAAGUGGUUCCCUGCCAUGGCGGCCUGAUCAUGGGAGGACUGAGCGUUCCCGACUGGGCGUGCGAGUCCCGCAUGCGGCUGCUCGCCCACGGCGUCGUGCUGGGCGACCACUUCGGCCUGGCGGUCGACGCUCCAGGCUCGCGGGAAGCUCGGCGAGCUAUCGAGGAGUCGUUCGCCCGUGCACGCGAGGGCUAUGCCAAGGCUGGCCUCAGGGUCAGCGCGGGCAAGGAAGUGAAGGACGCGGCGGAGGCGACGGUCAUCGGGGCCGAGCUCCUUGGCCACGACCGGCUCGUCGGCGCCUCGCGCACCCGCAGGCUGGCGUUGGCCUGGAUGGGCCUGUCCAUGGCCCGAGGCCGACGCUCCACUACGCUCGGGCUGCAGAGGUUCCUUGGCAUGGGGCUUUUUGCCGCGCUGUUCCGGCGGCCGACCCUGUCGCUCCUCCACUACUGCCACAGGGAGGUCGACGUCGGCCGUGACCCGCACGAGGUGUUCGACCUGAGCAACGCGACCUGCAACGAGUGCGCCCUGUUCGCGGUUCUCCUUCCGCUGAUGGCCACCGACCUCUCCGCAGGCUGGGGGCCGCAUGUUCUGGCUUCGGACGCCUCGCACCUGGCCGGGGCGUCCGUCAAGCCGCCUGCCUCAGCGCCCACCGCCAGAGCUUUUUGGCGUCAGCGCGAGCAGCGAGGCGCCCGUACGUGGCUCUACCCCUCAGGCUGGGCUGCCCUUGCCAACCCCGAGGACGGCGCCGUCCUGCAGGACCUGGAGGAGGAUGCCGUCCCUCCCCCUGGCGCCGUCGACCCGCCGGCCUCGCUGAUCGAGUACUUCGACGUGCUGGAGCUCUGCUGCGGGGAGGAGGCCCGUCUCAUGGGCUACCUCGCGGACCGGGGCCUGCGUGCGGGCCCGAGGAUAGACAUCAAGUGCCACAAAUACUGGGACCUGGUCGACUCACGCUUGGCGGAGUGGGUAGUAUGGCUGAUCUGGCAGAGGCGCGUCAAGAUGACCAUAUCACAGUUUCCAUGCACCAGCUUCUCCAUCGCGAGGCACCCGAGGCUCAGGUCCAGGGCGCGGCCCUGGGGUUUCGACCCAUCUUCGACUCCGACGCGCCUGGGGAACGUCCUCUUCAGGGUGGGCAUGCUGGCGCUGUUCGCCCACCUUCUCUCGGGCCACGGUACCGGCUUGCACGAGCACCCCCUGACGGCCUACUCCUGGCACACGCACAUCGUCGAGUUCCUGCUGACGCACGAGGCCGUAGAGCGCUUCGACCUUUCGAUGUGCCAGUUCGGUGCGCCCUGGAAGAAGGACACGAGCCUCAUGGUCGUGCGGGGCUCCUGGCUGGCGCCUAUGGCGAGGCGCUGUCGCGGAGGGCACAAGCACACGGUCUUAGAGGGCGGCCUGACUCCCAAAGCCGCGCUAUACCCGCACGGCUUCUGCGACGCCCUCUGGCUGAACGACUACGUUGGCUUCGCUCCCUGGCAGCUGCAUUGCCAUCGCCUUUUCCGCAAGCCCCUCCACAUCAACUUGCUGGAGAUCGACGCGGCCUGCGACGCGGUGGACGAGCAGGGCCUACGUUUCCCCGAUUGCCAGCGCAACCUCCUCCUGGACUCCCGCGGCUCGAUCGGGGCCAUCAGCAAGGGCCGCUCCUCAUCGACUGCGAUCAACAAGCUCUUGAGAAGGAGGGCCCCGUUGCAGCUGGCCGCGGGCUCGUACAUCGGAUGCCACUUCGCGCCGACGCGAUUGCAGCCAGCCGACGUCCCGUCGCGCACGCUCCGCGACCCGGCGCGCGCUCUGGCCCGUGGGGCCGAGGCUCCGCUUCCCGCUCCGUGCUGGCUGGCCAGCCUCGAGGCUGGGGACGCCUCAGCCUUCCGCGCUUGGGCUGCGCUCCCGCUGCAGCGCCGGCAGCAGUCUCGGUGGGCUUGGCUGGUGGCGUGCCUCUGGUGGCGUGGGCUCCUGCGGCUCGCCCCUCGACCGCGGGUGCGCGACCCCAAGCUGGGCUUCCCGGGCGAGGGCCCGCGCGGCGGAGCCUUCAUCGGGGCCGAGCUCGUGGAGCCCUGGCACUGGCCUCCCGCGCCGCUGCAGCCGGGGCGGCGCAGCCGCGGGCCCGCCUGGUCGGGCUCUUGGUGCUGCUGCUGCUGCGGGGCCCUGCGGCCGCGCCGCGCCCGCCGACCUCCCGCCCCGCGGGGGGCGGACCUGGCGGCCGCGCGCGGCCUGACGCCAGUGGUCCAGACGCGCCGUGCUGCCCUCGUCUCGCAGCUCCAGCACUGGAUGGCGGACGCAAAUCGCGCCCUCCGACACCGACUCGUCGCGUCGCGGGAUAUCUUCUUCACGCGGGAGCACUUGACGCCUGGCUCGAACCACCAGGCGAUGCCGGAGGCGCUGCUGCUCGCUUCGGCGAGCCUUGCACUGGCGUGGGGCUGGUGCGACGUCUCCGGCGGCCCGACCCUCGGCUUCCUCGGGAUGAUGAGGCCCUUCGAGUUCCUGAGGCUGAAGUUCGGGGACCUGGCGCUCCCCCUGCGGACGUUGGAUCGUCUGAAUUCAAGGUAUGUGCACGUGGGCGCGCCCAAAAUGUGA